GCCGUGCCCUGCUCAGUGCUGCAAAUAAUAAAGCACGCGCGCAUGUGGUGGGCGAUCGAUCGGGCUGGUUCCUUCCACCUUCACUUGUUUCAGACAUAUUUAACUCAAAAUAAUCUCUUUUCAAGAUGAGUAGGGCUCGGUACGAAGUUGACUACGAGGAUGACGAUUAUGAUUAUUUCCCAGAUGAAAGUUACGGCAUGCACACAGGCGAUCCACAGCGCGACCUGGCCUACGAGAGGCAGCUCCCCAAUCAUGCCAGCUCCUACAUCCUCCCGGACGAGAUCAAGAGCUUCUUGAUGUUCUUCCAGCGCAGCGUCAAGGAGAACCAACUCUACGACAUCAGCCUCUGCUACGAGAGGGAUUUCAACAAGUUGACUGAGCGAUACUUCAAGAAUUCUUCCUGGCCAGAUGCUGAGAGCAUCCAAGCAGCUGUUGGACCUGAUCUGGUGUUUAACAUACUGUAUAAGGAGUUAUACUAUCGUCACAUCUACGCCAGGGUCCAGUCGGGUCCCUCCCAGGAGCAGCGUUUUGAGUCAUACUACAACUAUUGCAACCUUUUCAACUUUAUUCUGAAUGCUGAGGGACCUGUGAGAUUGGAGCUGCCAGAUCAGUGGCUGUGGGACAUCAUUGAUGAGUUUAUUUACCAGUUCCAGGAAUUCAGCAAGUAUCGCAGCAAACUGUCAGGAAAGACCGACGACGAAAUUGCCAUCCUCAGGGCGAACCCCAAGAUCUGGAAUGUGCACAGCGUGCUGAAUGUUCUCCACUCCCUCGUGGACAAGUCCAACAUCAACAAGCAACUAGAGGUGUACGCUAACGCCGGAGACCCAGACAGCGUUGCGGGUGACUUUGGCCGUCAUCCCUUGUACAAGAUGCUGGGGUACUUCAGUCUGAUCGGCCUGCUGCGACUUCACUCCCUCCUGGGUGAUUACUACCAGGCCAUCAAAGUGCUGGAGAACAUCGAGCUCAACAAACAGACCCUGUACUCGAGGGUGACAGCCUGCCAGGUGACCACCUAUUACUACGUGGGUUUUGCUUAUCUUAUGAUGCGUCGAUACCAGGACGCCAUCCGCAGCUUCACCAACAUCCUGCUGUACAUCCAGCGCACCAGUCGCAUGAUGCCGCCGGGCUCCUACCAAGUGGACCUGAUCAAGAAGAUCAAUGAGCAGAUCUACACCCUCCUGGGCAUUGCGCUGACCCUUCACCCCAUGCGCAUUGACGAAAGCGUCCACAUGCAGCUCAAGGAGAAGAUGGGUGACAAACUGACCAAAAUGCAGAAAGGUGACAUGCAAACCUUUGAGGAAUGCUUCAGCUUCUCCUGUCCCCGCUUCUUGUCACCGGUCCCGCCCAACUACGACAUCGCACAGGGGAACUUCCACCGCGAGCCCUUCUCCCUGCAGAUGAAGGUGUUCCGGGAGGAGAUCCAGCAGCAGCUGGCCAUACCCACCAUCAGAAGUUUCCUGAAGCUGUAUACCACAAUGCCCAUCUCCAAGCUUGCUGCCUUCCUGGAAAUGUCUGAGGAAGACUUCCGAACCCAUCUGCUGUGCUUCAAGCACAAGAUGAAGAACCUGGUGUGGACCAAGGGAACCAGUGGUCUGGCCGGCGAUUUCCAGUCGGCGUCAGAGGUUGACUUCUACAUUGAUCAGGACAUGAUUCACAUUGCGGACACCAAGGUAGCUCGUCGCUAUGGCGAUUUCUUCAUCCGCCAGAUACACAAAUUUGACGAGUUCAACCGCUCUCUGAAGAAGCCGGUGGGACCUUGAUCAUGCCAGACACGAAGCCUUGGUCGUCAUUUCCUGCAACCAACAUAAGGUCACUACAAACUUACUGAAGCAAUCGUGUAUUUAUUUCUACCAUUUUACGAGUUCUUAUCUCAACAACACAGCUUUCUGGCAUCAGUCUCCAGAUGUGUAACUAGGGGGGGGUUGCAUAAUUUUGUGCUCAUUCAGUCGCAAUCUGCGUGGCCCUUUAUGUAACAGUCAAAUAUGAAACUACACAAUUGCCUUCAGGGUGUUCAGCGACCAGUUUGUUUGGAACUCUCUGUGUGUAUCUGCACUGCAUUUAAUGAUCAUUCUCAGUGUAUCCAACCUGUCGGAUGGACCAGUCAAAGCUAGCCUCCACAAAUAACUUCGCUCAUGGCCAGUUUUUCAAGUUGGCAAGAUUGUCAGCCAUUUAAAAAUCGUCGGGAGCUUUGGUGAAGAAAAACUCACAUAAAUGAAACUUGCGCAUUGGUUGUCCAUUUUGAACCGGUAAAUAAAGAGUUGUACAUGUAUGUCAUGAACUUUUAGCCUCCCCAUUUUAGUUGUGUUUAGUUCUUGACUCAGAUGGGUAGUGUCUCCUGGUCGAAAACAAGCUCUCUUCAUUUUACUAGCGACAGAAUGCACCCCUUUAUAGUUCUUUUGAGCCAAACUUGAAAUCAUAUUUUGGUUAUGUGACAGACACUUCAGUCACGUUGCUAUGCCCAAACCUGCAAACUUCAAAUCAUAUUUUUGGAUGUAUUAAUUUUUCUCUUUUGCCACUAGAGACGGUGACCAUUAAAGUUUUGAGUGAUGUGACCUCAUA